AUGGCCUUCCCAAAAAUCUACACCGUCAACGGUCCCUCCUCCACCUCAUCCCCCACCCUCCCCUCCUGGCUCGCCAUCAAGGCCCGACCCCGCAACAUCGGCGGUCACCGGAAACGGACCAAAACGAAACAUGAGGUCGGGCAGUUGGAGCUCAUCCAGGACUUUGCGUUCCCCGAGGCGGCAAUCAAGAUCAAGACGACGCCGGACGGGACGCAUGCGGUCGGGACGGGGACGUAUAAGCCUAUGAUGAAGGUGUGGGAUCUGGAGGGGUUGACGGUCAAGUUUGAGCGAGUUACGGAUGCGGAGAAUGUGGAUUUUGUGUUCCUCUCGGACGACUGGACCAAGACCCUCCACCUCCAACGAGACCGCUCCCUCUCCCUUCACACCCAGUCUGGAUUACACCACUCCGUCCGUCUCCCCCUGUACGGCCGAUCUAUCGCAUACCACUCUCCCUCCUCGGACGCCCUUAUCGGAUGUACGGGAACCGAGCUGUACCGCUUCAACCUCGACGAAGGGCGGUAUAUGACCCCUCUUUCCGUCGCGCGGGGAUGGGGCGACGGGCGCGAAAGCGAAGUCGAGGGCGUCAACGUAGUCGACGUGAACGCUCGACACGGGUUAUGGUCAUUCGGACUAGAUGGCGGAGGGGGAGUCGUCGAGUUUUGGGAUCCCAGAUCGCGCUCGGCUCUCACCCGGCUCGUCCUGCCCGGAACCACCCUAUUACCGGUGCAAAGCGUAGAUCCGAAUUCGCUCCUAGCGCAGCCGGAGAAGAAGCUUAGCGUCACGGCUCUGGCGAGUCAUCCGACCGAUGGUCUUUCUUUGGCGGUAGGGACGAGCUCGGGGCACACGUUACUGUAUGAUCUGAGAAGUCCGACGCCGUUUGCGGUGAAGGAUCAGGGAUAUGGGGAGCCGAUGCGGUGCGUCGAGUGGUUGAAGGGUGGUGGGGCGCAAGAGGACGCGGGCAGGGUUGUCAGUGCGGAUAGUAAAGUGAUCAAAGUGUGGGACAAAAAUGAUGCUUCCAGCAAUCAGCUCUCCCUCCACCCACCUGCGACCCUCACUUCACUACACGCCGUCCCCUCAUCUGGCCUCAUCUUUGUUGCAUGCGACGCCGCCCAGCUCUCUUCGUACUAUGUACCCGAGCUCGGUCCCGCUCCCAAAUGGGCCGGCUUCCUCGACUCUAUCACUGAAGAGAUGGCCGACGACCCAGCCGAGGGCGGGAAAGGCGCAUUCAGAGAUUUCAAGUUUGUCGACCGAAACGAGAUCGAUACUCUUGGUUUGUCACACCUUAUCGGCACCCCCGCGCUCAAGCCCUACAUGCACGGCUACUUCCUCUCCCUCAAGCUCUACACCACCGCUCGACUCAUCGCCAACCCCCAAUCCUACUCGGAAUACCGAGACCGGCUCGUCGCCGAGAAGCUCGCAAGCAAGUCCGAGUCGCGCAUCAGAGCACGCAGGGAUCAGCCCAAAGUCAACAAGGCCUUGGCGGAGCGGCUGCGGAAAGCAGAGGAGAAGGAGGCCGCUCUGGCGGAGCGCAAGAAGGCAAGGCAGGCCGCUGGUGCUGCUGCUGCUGGAGCGGAUGCGGAAGUGGACGACGGGGAAGACGAGGAGAUGGGUGAGAAGGGUACGGCCAGGGCUGGGCUGUUGCAAGAUCCCCGAUUCAAGGAGAUCUGGCAGAACCCCGACUUUGAGGUGGAUGAGGAGAGUAGGGAGUUUGCCCUGCUCAACCCCGCGACGGCGGAUAAGGCUGCGGAGCGUAAGGCGUUGGGUGCGACAGGGAGCAGGCGGACGGCUGUGGAGGAGGAAGAGGACGAGAGCGAGCGUGGGAGCUCGGAUCUGGACGAAGAUGAGAGUGAGGAUGAUGAGCAGAGCGAGGAUAGUGAUGAUGGAGGUCUUGGCCAACACGACCCGCGUAAUCUACCCGAAUCCUCUCGCUCGCGUAUCCUACCCGCUACCGAGGCUUCUCGCCGAAUGGCCACCCUCGCUGCCGCGCGCGCCGCCAAGCGAUCCCAACCUCGGCUCGUCACACCCACCACCGCCGGCUCAUCCUCCACCUCACGCACCUUCGGUCAACGUCUCUCCUCGUCCCGCCCCUCUUCGUCUACCGGGACGGCCAAACCAGACGGUGUCCUGGCGAUGCGGCGACACGUCGAUGGAGGCAUGGAGAUGUCGUUCGUGCCUCAAACGACCGGCGGGGUUGAUGAGCAGGAUGAGUAUAGUGGAGGAACGGCACGGAAAGACAGGGGAGGAGGGGAGGAGAGGGAGCCAAGAGGGAAAAAGGUCGAGAGGUUUGGAGCGGGGCUGGAGAAGGGUGGAGAGGAGCAAGGAGGGGAGGAUCUGGGGACUAUGCAGAGGGAGGGGAGAAGUAAAAGGAGGGAUCCGGGAAGAAGUGGGAGUAAGAAUGCGUUCAGACGGAAGUGA